AUGGAAAACGUUGGAGGCGCCGGACAAGUGGAGCAUGAAAUCGGUGAGUGUAUCGCCGCGCAGGACUGGAAGAAAGUGAUCGACCAAGGUCAGGCGUUGCCGUUCGAAACCCGGGUGAAAUACCUCUGGUUAUGGCCACUACAGAGCGACCUCGAGCGGAUAGAAGAGAGCUUGCAUCGAUUUGGGAUUACGCGAAUAUUAAGUAUCGGUUGCGGGACCGGACUGUUGGAGUGGUUGAUCACGGUUGCGACGGGUAUUGCAGUGGCAGGCGUUGAAAAGGACGAAAAGUGGUGGCGAUCGAAGUAUGCGACCAGAACGUACAUCCCCAUGGUUUUCGCUGAAGCGCUUCGAACGAGCGCCACCGCCACCGAGAGCCAAGGUCAUCAAACAACGUGGCAGGCCAUGAUGUUUUGCUACUUCAACGACGGUGACGCUUUUCGCGAGUAUGUGAAAAAUUUCGACGGUCACUAUGUGAUAAUUGCGGGGCCAGAAGAAGGGAGUGGGGUUAUUACGAACCCAUUACCAUUUGGGGCUCGCUUUCCGGCCGAUCAGGAGUGGGAAAUGGUGCACAGCAUUCCGGUGGGAAGUGAAAAUUUGAAUCAUUUUGUGAUCUAUCAACGACGGUGAAAUAAAUUUAUACAAUUUUGUAUUGAA